AUGGCCGGCGGUUGGGCAGUCACGAGGGCGGCUUUGACACCCACAAGGCCCACAAGGGAGUCCCUUGUUGCAACUUCUGCCCGUGCUUUACGAUUCGUGCGCGCCGCAUCCGCAUCCGCGGAGGGAGACGGGAACGGGACGGGGGCCCGGCAUCUCUUGCCUUGCCAGUUGCCACCCACCACCCCCGUUGGUCUUGGUCUCGGUCUCGGUCUCGUCUCGUCGGCCACCGCCACCUCCGCCGCCGAUGCGGGUCCGUCUCCAGCACCUCCUUUUUUGGAUUCAAAUCCCAACUCCUCAUUCCCUCGCCAACACUUGCCUCCUUGUUGGAUUCCUCCUCGUCGAUGUAGCAUCGAAGCCAUCACGCCUAUGGAGCGGCGGCAAGCUCAACUGAUGGUUUGGUUGCUCCACAGGUCAAAACAAAGGUCUUGCCCUGUCAGUGACAUGAUGAUUCUCAGGGUGGUGCCAUCCGAACCUCAUUUUCUGUGGUACAACAUUGGGUAUGAAGAAAAAGGCUUAUGGAAAUGGUGAAAUUGCCAGAGAUUUUUCUAGCAAAGUUGACCACAUCCUGAAAAAUCACUUGGGCAUUGUUGUCAAGAAACUUGCGAUUAGCAUGUGUGGAUAUUAUGCUGCCAAUGAUUCUUGUUAUCUCAACAGUUGGCUUCUGACUGCUGUUACACCAGGAAUUGAAGAACUUUCACUUAUACUGCCAGUGGGGGCAACAUACAAUUUCCCAUGCUCACUUUUGUCUAAUGGGAGUGGAGACUCAAUCCGGUAUCCCCUACUUUGUGGUUGCUCCUUGCGACCCACAGCUGAACUUCCUUGGUUAAAAAAGCUUGACAAAAGUGGA